GCACCUCCUCCCCCACCCCCACCACCAAUACAAGGAUAUGCCUUUAAACCUCCACCUCGACCUGACUUCGGUACCUCUGGGAGAACAAUCAAGCUGCAGGCUAAUUUCUUUGAAAUGGACAUUCCUAAAAUUGACAUCUACCAUUAUGAAUUAGAUAUCAAACCAGAGAAAUGCCCUAGAAGAGUUAACAGAGAAAUAGUGGAGCAUAUGGUCCAGCACUUUAAAACACAGAUCUUUGGGGAUCGUAAGCCAGUAUUUGAUGGAAGAAAAAACCUGUAUACAGCUAUGCCACUUCCAAUUGGAAGGGAUAAACAGGUGGAAUUGGAGGUCACCUUGCCAGGAGAAGGAAAAGACCGAAUAUUUAAAGUAGCCAUAAAGUGGAUGUCCUGUGUGAGUUUGCAGGCAUUACACGAUGCUCUUUCUGGCCGGCUGCCAAGUGUCCCUUUUGAAACUAUCCAGGCCUUGGACGUAGUGAUGAGGCAUUUGCCAUCUAUGAGGUAUACACCUGUAGGGCGAUCGUUUUUCACUGCAUCGGAAGGAUGUUCAAACCCUCUCGGUGGCGGCAGAGAAGUUUGGUUUGGAUUCCAUCAGUCAGUCCGACCUUCUCUCUGGAAAAUGAUGCUUAACAUCGAUGUCUCAGCAACAGCAUUUUAUAAGGCCCAGCCAGUAAUCGAGUUUGUUUGUGAAGUUUUGGAUUUCAAAAGCAUUGAAGAGCAACAGAAACCUCUGACGGAUUCCCAAAGGGUAAAGUUUACCAAAGAAAUUAAAGGUCUAAAGGUAGAGAUAACGCACUGUGGGCAGAUGAAGAGAAAGUACCGUGUGUGCAACGUCACCAGACGACCAGCAAGUCAUCAAACCUUCCCACUUCAGCAAGAGAGUGGACAGACUGUUGAAUGCACUGUAGCUCAGUAUUUUAAGGACAGGCACAAAUUGGUUCUCCGUUAUCCUCAUCUUCCAUGUUUACAAGUUGGGCAGGAGCAGAAACACACCUAUCUUCCUCUUGAAGUGUGCAACAUAGUGGCAGGACAAAGAUGCAUCAAGAAACUUACUGACAAUCAAACCUCGACAAUGAUCCGGGCGACUGCAAGAUCAGCCCCUGAUCGCCAGGAAGAGAUCAGCAAACUGAUGCGAAGUGCAAGUUUUAAUACCGAUCCCUACGUCCGUGAGUUUGGAAUCAUGGUCCGAGAUGAAAUGACGGAUGUGACUGGACGGGUGCUGCAGCCCCCUUCGAUUCUCUAUGGAGGCAGGAAUAAAGCAAUUGCUACUCCCGUUCAGGGGGUUUGGGAUAUGAGGAAUAAACAGUUCCACACUGGCAUUGAAAUCAAGGUCUGGGCGAUUGCUUGUUUUGCUCCCCAAAGACAGUGCACUGAAGUUCAUCUGAAGUCCUUCACAGAACAGCUGCGGAAGAUAUCUAGAGAUGCCGGCAUGCCGAUCCAAGGCCAGCCAUGCUUCUGUAAAUAUGCCCAGGGGGCAGAUAGCGUGGAGCCGAUGUUCAGGCACCUGAAGAACACCUAUGCAGGGCUGCAGCUUGUGGUCGUCAUCCUGCCUGGAAAAACACCUGUUUAUGCUGAAGUAAAACGGGUUGGUGACACAGUCCUGGGAAUGGCAACCCAAUGUGUUCAAAUGAAAAAUGUGCAAAGGACCACUCCACAGACUCUGUCUAACCUCUGCUUAAAGAUCAAUGUCAAACUUGGAGGAGUAAAUAACAUUUUGUUGCCACAAGGAAGGCCUCCAGUCUUCCAACAGCCCGUCAUCUUUCUGGGCGCAGACGUGACUCAUCCGCCAGCAGGAGAUGGAAAAAAGCCUUCUAUUGCUGCAGUGGUCGGUAGCAUGGAUGCUCACCCCAACCGAUACUGUGCCACCGUCCGGGUGCAGCAGCACCGGCAGGAAAUCAUCCAAGAUUUGGCUGCUAUGGUCAGGGAGCUGCUUAUUCAGUUCUACAAGUCGACCCGAUUCAAGCCAACUCGCAUUAUCUUCUACAGAGAUGGUGUUUCUGAAGGACAGUUUCAGCAGGUUCUCCAUCAUGAGCUGUUGGCCAUCAGAGAGGCAUGUAUUAAGUUAGAAAAAGACUACCAGCCAGGGAUUACCUUUAUAGUGGUGCAGAAGAGACAUCACACCAGACUGUUUUGUACAGACAAGAAUGAACGGGUUGGGAAGAGUGGAAACAUUCCAGCAGGUACAACCGUGGACACAAAAAUCACCCACCCAUCUGAAUUUGACUUUUACCUGUGUAGUCAUGCUGGUAUUCAGGGAACAAGCAGGCCUUCUCACUAUCACGUCCUUUGGGAUGACAAUCGUUUCUCUUCAGAUGAAUUGCAGAUUCUGACUUACCAGCUGUGCCACACCUACGUGCGCUGCACCCGCUCCGUCUCCAUCCCUGCCCCAGCGUACUAUGCGCAUCUCGUCGCCUUUCGGGCCCGAUACCAUCUGGUGGAUAAGGAACACGAUAGUGCCGAAGGCAGCCACACAUCUGGUCAGAGCAAUGGCAGAGACCACCAAGCACUUGCGAAAGCCGUUCAAGUUCACCAGGACACCCUGCGGACCAUGUACUUUGCUUGACAUGUUUUAAUGUUUAGCGAUUCGGAACAGUUGGAUGCUCGGGAGACCAGCUGCCCUCAGUCCCGCGCGCUGCCCGCCCAGGGUGCCGGCCAGCAAGGAGUGGGCUGUGACUCCGUUUCCCUGGGUUCUUCUUGCCCUUCCUCCUGAAGCUCAGACUUGGAUUUUGAACUGCAGACCUGUACAAAACACCGCAGUUGUUGGAUAUGUGGUUUGCCAAAAUCUCUAAGCUGUUUGUCAGAAUACAGACCCCCGGUUCCUAAAAUUUAAACCAAGAGCUGCAAUCUCAGGGCUUUACAAAAACUCUCCUUACCUUUGUCAUUUGUUUUCGAUAAUCUGGAAACACCUGCUUCACCUCAAAAUUGAUAGGCUAAAAAGCAAUGACUUGUGGUCAAAACACAAAUGCAGAACUAAACACUAUUCUGGUUUUAGAACCUUGGCCAUUCCAGGUGCAUUCAGAAAGAGUUGUUUUCUUCUGGUCCUAAACCCAUCUUUCAAAGAACUUCCUAUGGGCGUUAAGGUGCAGAUUUAUUUUCUGAGGUUUUUUUGUAAAUGUCUCUUAUUCUGCUGCAAAUAAUGUUUUUCUUAGAUUGAAUUCUGAAUCUAUUACCGAGAAUAGGAAUGUGUGUCUCAAACUUUAAUAGGUCCAGUGAGUUUGGCACAGAAGUGCCAUUUUAAUAAAAUUUUGUAAAAAAAAAAAAAAUAAUGGAAAACAAACUGACAGCUAAUCAUACAAUUUGUCCUGUAGGACUGUGACACUUCCUUUCCAAAGUUUUUAAAUAAUACGGGUCUGUGGUGAUAAAUACAGUACAAUCCUUUUUCA